UUGUUGUUGUGUAUUACAGAGAGUACUGGGAGCGGUUGGUCCUGUGUAAUGCCAUGGUAUGGACGUGUGAGCUGACAGGACGCCCCAACCUCACCUACGCUGAAGCUAGCGAGAGUGAGACCAAAGCCAAAAAGUGCCUUGCUAAUGUUCCUCAGGUAAUCCGGAAGCCCAUGCUGUACAUUGCCACCCUGACUCGCCGUGGACGUUAUGCAGACAUGAGUGAAGAUGUCUUCAACUUUGUUCGUGACCGAUAUUUUGUCGGGGAAGAAGUUGAGGCCAUUGUAAACAAGCAUUGGUAUGACUGUAAGGUGCUCCGGCCAAUAUACCCCACACUGGAGGAGAUAGCCCGCUACGAGGAGGAGAUGGCAGACUCCGAUGAAGACAACGAGGAGUCGACAAAGAAGAAAGAUGAACAGAUGCAGGUUGGUGAAGAAGAGGAGAAGAAGAGAACAGGGGAGACAGAGAAUGAUGAGGACAUACAGAUCAUUAAGGAAGUGACACCCAUCAAGAAGGCUGUGCAGGAGGAGGAGGAGGAGGAGGAGGAGUACCCGCCGUUUGCCACCUUCAAGUACGAGGUCAUCGAGAAGGAGCCGUGGGACUAUAAGCAGGCAAAGAAGCACAUAGUCUCCUGGGAACAGAUACGGCGCAUUAAGGGAACUUUCACCCGGGAGAAGUGUAAACUCUUCCUCAAGCAGUGUGUCCAGCUCUCCUCCUCUGGCUUUUGGGUCAUAAAAGAAAGAAUAUCCAAGAGAUACGACCUGGCCAACGUGAAUUACUCGGACGUGUUCCUGGGGGAGCCGCCAAGGUUCAGAGAGACUCGGGCCAAGAAGAUACCUGCCAGCUUAAAUCCCGACAAGGAGAAGAAAAAGUUGGCUGCCGAGAUGAGGAGGAGAGAGAAGAAGGAGACGAGGGAGAAGAACCCGGACGGAGACGGGAGGAAGCGAGGCAGAUCUUCCUUGAACGACGGAGAGAAGGAACGGAAGAAACUGAGUAAGGAGGUGAAGGACGGUUGA